GAGGAGUACGUCAUUUCCGCGGCGCGGCUGGGCUCACGUUCCGUAGUCGUGAGGCCAGGUAUGGCGGCGGCUUCCGAUCCUGGCGACGGAAGUGACGCAAGCGGCGCGCCGCCGGGAGGAGGUCGCGAUGAACCGCGUUCUGUGUGCACCCACCGCAGGGGCCAUACGGGCACUCAGGCUUGCGGGCUUGGCUCCACGGAACCUGCACCCGCCGCCGGCUGGCCGGGCCCAGCCCGCGGACGAUGAGGAGGACCCCGAACGCCCCCUUCGGUUUUCCUCCAGCAAAGCCAGCCCGUCCCGCUGGACCGUGAUGCAUUCGCUGGGGAAGGAGCAGCAGCGGCCCUGGUGGAAGGUGCUACCCCUCAGCCUCUCCCUCCUGGCUCUGGUCUCCUGGUGCUUCCUGAGGCAGGAGAGCGGCGCGGACCAGUGGUUGAGACGCGUGCUGGAAAUAGAGGGGCCUGAGCCCGGAGACGCCCCCGAGGAGCCCGGCGCGCGGGCCGCCUACCCGGCAAGAGCCUCGGGUGCCGGCUGAAGGACUCGCGCUCGUGGCGCUGACACGCGUAAAGGCAGCGGGAGGUCGGCAGGAGCCUGCUCCUUGUCUAACACCGUUGCGCAGUGAUUGCGUCCUAAAGACUUCUCAGAUCCACGGGGAAGGUGUUGGCCGAAUUGUGUGCCGCUGGAUUUGGGAUGUCUUUGUACAGCCUAGUCAUGUCGCCAAAGCAGUCCUGGUGGAUACUUGUAAUCCAGUGUUACUUUGCAGACCAUGUGCUUUCUGAAACACUAUAACUGACAUGAGUGUUAGAACGUGCUAUUCGUAAAGAACAUCUGUUGGUGUUAGUUUUGUAUACUACUAACAAAUUGAAAAUACAUUUUAAUACAAUGAUGCACUAAGGCGA